CAAAUAUUCACACCACUACUUGUUCAAACCUACAAUGAAAUCAUCUCAAAAGACAAGUUUGAAAUCAUACUUGUCUCUUUAGACAAUGAUGAAGAAUCCUUUCAUGGGUAUUUCUUUACUAUGCCAUGGCUCGCUAUUCCACAUUCCAAUGAAACAGCUCGCCAUGGCUUGAAGAGUUUGUAUUCUGUUCAAGAAACUCCCCAUCUCAUAAUCUUGAGUAAGGAGGGUGAUUUAGUGAGCAGUAUUGGGCACUUUCUUGUUGCUGAGUUUGGCUCAUUGGCGUAUCCUUUUACAAAACAUAGAAUCAAGGAACUGAAAGAUGAAGAAGAGGCUCAAAAGAAGAACCAAACUUUAAGAACUAUAUUGGCAACACCUUCUCGAGAUUUUGUAAUUUCAAAUGAGGGGAAAGAGGUGGCAAUCUCUGAGCUUGAAGGCAAGAUGGUGGGCUUGUACAUGUAUCUUGGUUCUCAUAGAUCAUGCAAGAAUUUCACCCCAACGCUAAUAGAUUUCUAUAAGAGCUUGAAGGAGAAAGGAGAGAGUUUCGAGAUCGUAUUCGUUUCACUGGAUGAUGGUGAUAAGGAAUCUUAUGAAAAGGAAUUCAUGAAGAUGCCAUGGCUGGCCAUUCCAUUUGGUGACAAUGCUCUCAAGAAACUACCCAAGUACUUAGAGCUGAGGUCGUUGCCAACAUUGUUGAUUCUGGGGCCGGAUGGAAAAACUCUUAACCUCAAUGUCCGCGAUUACGUUGCAGAAUUUGGAGUUCAGGCGUACCCCUUUUCGCCCCAGAAGUUAUCACAGCUAGAUGAGUUGAAUAAGGCACGAAGCGAGUCGCAAACCUUGCAGUCGCUUCUGGUUUCUGACGAACUGGAUUUUGUAUUAGACAAAAGCGGCAUGAAGGUUCCAGUAUCUGAACUUGUAGGCAAAACUGUACUUCUCUACUUCUCUCGACUGCACUGUCCUCCAUGCCGAGCAUUCACGCCUAAACUAGCCAAGACAUACCAUGAAAUCAAAUCCAAGCACCCUGACUUCGAAGUUGUUUUUGUGUCACUUGACUUCAACGAGGAAUCCUUCAAAGAGUAUUAUUCUGAAAUGCCCUGGUUGGCUCUCCCUUACGAUGACAAGAGGGAAACUUUGCUUAAACUGACGUUUAAGUACCGCAGCCUCCUCCCUCACCUCGCAGCUAUUGGACCAAAUGGUAAGACACUCACCGACGAAGCGAGAGAACUUGUGGUGUUCUUCGGAUCAGAUGCAUAUCCUUUCACCGAGGAGAGAAAGAAGGAAAUGGAUAGAAAGCUUGAGAAGAUGGCAAAGGGGUGGCCGGAGAAGGUGAGAAGCAGGAAGCAUGAACAUCAUGAAAUUGUUCUUUCUCAGCGUGGCAUUUGCAAAUGUGGUGGGUGUAAUGAAUUAGCAGUUGGGUGGGUUUUUGGCUGUGAUGAGUGUGACUUCUAUCUUCAUCCUGAAUGUGCAAUGGAGCAAGAAAAUGGUGAUGGGAUCGGAAGUUGUGAUGGUGAUGAAGUUUGGAAAUGUGAAGGAGAAGUUUGCUACAAAGCAUGAAUUCUCCAUUCUAUAUGAAGCAUUUACCAUGGUCAUAAGCCGCAA